CCGGCCGCCGCGCCGAGCGUCGGCGAGAUCGCCCGCGAGCGCAGGAGAAAGGAGAUGGCCGCGGCCGCCGCGGCCGCGCCGGCGCCGGCCGCGGCCGAGGUAGCGCAGCGCCCGCGGAUUCCGGAGCGGGCGCGCGUGGCCGACGACCCCUUCCGCGUCGGAUUGGAAUCUGACGCCUUCUUCGGGGCGAAUCUCUAUUCGGCGCCGGGCUUAAACCGCCUCAGGAAGGCGGGCCGGUGGCUCGAUGGCGUCUCGUCGGGCCGGGUCGCGCCGAGCCUCCCGGAGAUGCAGACCGUCUUCUGGGCGGCCAUAGAGGAGAAGACCGGUGGUCGACUACGACUGCACCCCGGAACUAUCCCGCCACCGCCGGUCGGUUACGGUGGGCACGCGCCGUCUCCUGGAUUUCCGCCGGUGGGUUACGGAUACGGCUUCGCGCCCGCGCCGCCGUCGUGGCCGAUGAGCUUCGGAUUCGCGCCGCAACAGUACGGCGCCGCGCCGACGACCUGGUCGGUGCCGCUCGAGCGGCCGCCGCCGGAUGCGGUCUUCGAGACGGAGACGACCGUGGGCGGUCGGCGCCUGGACGAGCGCGGUGGAGGCGCCCCGGUGUGCCUGGACUACGUCCGCGGCCGGUGCGACGCGGGACCUACGUCGCUCGCGGUCGUCAAAUCAUCGCGGCGCCGGCGACUUCCACCAUCCUGGCCUUCUCGCGUCGCGUCCUUUUGGCCCUUUGGGUUGAAGGCCCCACGCGCAGGUCAACCGAUCUUUCUUUCCGGGCAUCGCCGGCAUGGCGCGCCCACUUUCUUUAUCAUUGGCGGGUCGAGCCCGGAACACGGACGGCACCCAUCCUCGGGCAUCGAGUGGUGCGCGUUCGGUGGUAUCCGGCCCGUUCCCUGAAGCCUCUGUCGCCGACACGGCGGCAAGCCUCAUCUGCCCGCGACCGGACCGACCCUACGGAGUGGAGCCGGUCUCGACCUGGGAGGCGUUGGGGGCGGCGGCAUGCCGCCCCCCGUAACCUUGGCCGCGCCGGCCGAGCUUUCGUAGGCCCUCCGAAUCGCUCGGCAUCCAUUGAACCCAUUUAGUUCCGUUCCGACGGUGUCGGAAUCAGGUGUCGUCUGGGCGGGUCGGAGCCGGUCUCCCCGUCAGACACUUAGGCACGGCGCAGUGGUAGUAGCUCUCGCUCCCCUGGCCAGCUUGAUUUUCGGCCCCGUUCUAAAAGAGGAGCCAGCGGCCAGUUCCACAUCCUGAUGGGGGGCGUCCCGAAGAGGGGGGGGCGUGCGAGUCCCUGUGACUCAGCCCUUGCGUCCUAGUCCAGCCG